GCGCUGCCUUUGGAGGCGCGGGUGGCGCUGCUGGAGGUAGAGAACGAGACUCUCAAGGCGGAGAACCGCGAGCUCCGCAAGAAGCUCGUGGAGGCCCUCCGCAGGGGCGCGGGCGGCGCUGGCGCCGUCCCCGCCGCGCCUGCCGCCCAGGCUGGCGACCCGGCGGACGCCCGGCGGCGGCGGCUGGAGGCCGCGGAGGCUGCCGCAGGUUCACGGGGCAUCCAGGCCAAGGAGGUCGAGGGGGCCUUUGAUCUUUUCGGCUCCUGUUCUGGCUCCUACGGACCGUCCCACCAGGACGGCACAGCGCAUUUCCUUGUCUCCAGGCUGUUCUUCCUCACAGCCCAGGCCCAGGAGCGCGCGCUGUGCUUCCCUGCCGUGCUCGCGCGGGAGGUCAACCGCAGGACCACCGGCGGGGCGUCCGCAAAUGAGCCGCGGGUUGACCUUUGUGCCGCCGCGGUCUUCGCCUGCUGGAUUGCCCGUGGCAUCCCGAACAUGUUCCACUGUUGA